AUUUUGCUGUGGGCAGCCGCCUGGAGUGUGCUCAAUCAUUAUUGGAAUCAGAUUCGCCAAUCCAUGAAUUUUUUUUUAUUUACCAAAAAAAAAAAUCAUUAUUUGAAACUUGUUAGCCAAUAAUCAAAAAUCAGUCAUGGAAAUUCAAACACAUUAGACACGUUGGAGAUGGAGCUUCCUCCUCUGUUUUGUCCGGCUUGCGCGUAAAUGCUAAUGAUUACAGUCCUUGAAAACAAAAUGCAAGAUACGAAAAUUUCCAAUUCCUCUGCGGAAAUCAUAUCGACCAACCAAGAUCUCCUCACUCAAAUUCUCGUUCGCUUACCAGUAAAGCCUCUUCUCCGUUUCAAAUCCGUAUCCAAAUACUGGCUCUCUCUCAUUUCCUCUCCUCAAUUCUCUGCCGCCCACACUCUCCGCCGCAGCCCAAAACCGGCGGUGUCCGGUCUCAUCUUGCGUAAGUCUCCUUCAGAAUUCAAAUUGCUCUCUUUCAAUUCCGAUUCCGUUUCCGGUUCCUCUCUUCUCUCCCUCCAUUUCCUUAACGGGCUCAAAAUCAUCCAGUCUUGCAAUGGCCUUCUUCUCUGUUCUACUUUGCCUCAGGUUGGCACUAAACGAAAGUAUUACGUUUCUAACCCUACGACCAAACAACUCUCUGCUCUUCCACCUCUCGGAACCGAUUCACCAUCAGUAACCAUAUUCGGAUUCAAUUUAGCUUUCGAUCCUUCCAAAUCCUGCAAUUAUAAAAUUAUUUGUGUUCGUUCUACGGAAUUCUCUCUCUACCAUUACCAAAUCGAACUAUACGAUUCUGAAAUUGGCGCGUGGAGACUUUCCGGAUCGCCUUUCGUUGCUCCAUUUGAUUUGGUUUUUGACAAUGCGGUUUUCUGGAACGGCGCCGUUCAUUGGAUUAGUCCUACAGGAAGAGGCUUGUACUUUGAUGUAGAUAAGGAGUUAAUUGAAGCAAUACCAUAUCUUCCUUCCCCAAGUAGCUGGGCCAAGAGGAGAUUCAGAACCCCAGAAAUGGCAGAAGAACAAGACGUUCCAGUAAAGCUAUUUCGUAAGUGGGAUAGUCCUUAUACUGUCACAGUACAAGUAGCCCUGAGGAUCAAAGAGCCAACAUUUCAGUACAUAGAAGAAGACCUCUCUGAUGAUAGUCAGAUUGCCAAGUACGAUCCAGUUUUUAAGAAAACUCCUGUGCUAAUACACAACGGAAAACCGAUUGAAGAAUUGCUUGUCAUAAUUGAGUACAUUGAUGAAACCUGGACAGACAGUCCCCUCUUGCCUAAAGAUCCUUAUGCCAGAGCUAAAGCUCGCUUCUGGGCUAAAUAUGUGGUUGAAAAGGUCUACCCAUUGGGUACAAAGGUUAUUGAAGCUAAAGGGAAGGAAGAGCAAGAGAAGGUGAUUGAAGAAGUUUAUCAGCAUCUUGAUCGUCUUGACGAUCUGCUGCAAGUUCAAGGAGAGUCAUAUGCAUUCUUUGGAGUUGGUGAGAUUGGACUAGUUGAUGUUGUGGCAUUUGGUAUAGCCUAUGAGUUUACAAUGAUUGGAAAAGCUCUUGAAGUGGAGUUGAUCCCUAUAGAGAAAUUCCGAUCUCUAGGGAUGUGGUUAGGAUUUCUGUUUGAAGUUAGUCUCUUCACUGAUUACCUGCCAAUUGAAGAUGAACAUGUUGCUGCCAUUAAAGCUCGUCAUGAGGCUGCACAAUCUGCUUGACGAAUGACUGUUGCUUAUUCACUUGUUUCUUUUUUCAUAUGUUGUUGUGCUUUCUUGCUUUGAUCCACUUGAUUUUGUGAUGAAAUUAAUCAAAUUAUGCUUGAAUGGGUUGUAACUAUAGUGUGCUAAUAAAAUGUUGCCUUGCUUGUGUCA